AUGGCUCUUCCCGCUAAAGUACCGGACCCACCUAUUGGGUCCACCACAACACUAGGUCAAGCCAAUAUAACCACUCCACAACCCUCUACUACUACCUCUACCACAACCAACACUAGGUCAUAUCUCGAUGUCGCCACAGCCACUCCCGCCCCCGGUCAAGUGCCAGUCGUUCUUUUCUCUAACUUGCCGACAUCUACGGAUCGCGUCUGGCGCGAAAGUACAUCUCGUCAUUCGGUAUUCUUCACCCCACCAACUGAUUCCACCCUUACCUCUGAAUUCUGGACUGCUCUCAGAGCAAGCGUUCCUACGGCAUGCACCUUGGGAAUAUCAUUCGCUCAUCGUCAACCGCUCAUCCACGAAUUGCACCUGACCAAUUCUACCAUCUGCACCGAACUCUGUUCCAAAGGCUUCCUGGUUGGAGGCCAAACGUACUUCCCCUCUAUGGGUAUUGCCCCAGGCACAAAAAUCUUGCGUAUCUCCCUCUCCCAGCUUCCAUACCUUCCUUCCCCUCUGCUUGAAGAGGCUAUCAAAACAGCCUUGGCCGCAUAUGGCACCGUCCGCGAAGUCGGUUUGCAUCUUCGUGCCAAUUUUUUUGAUGGCACUGGUUUUGCUUACCUUGAACGACCACCCAACCCCGAUGCCACCCUUGCCAAACUCUCAUACAAGAUCCCGUAUGAUGGCGACUUGUACUUCUUAGGUACCUGGAAACAGAUGGGUAUUCACUACUGGUCACUUGCAACAUGCCUGCCCCAGAGCACCCCCACGGACGCCAGCUCUUCCAAGAGACCCCGCAAGGUUCCCACGACACAUGAAUCCCCUGAUCGCUCACGCAAGACUACUCCCGGUGCGUCUCACAGACCUCCGGCCAAGAAAUCGAUCCCCCCUCGCGGUACACCUACGAUGGCUGAGGGAUCCCAGGCUACUAUCACCACCUCCCGCACGAAUUCCUCGACACCGCGACGACCCUCUGUCCCCGCUGUUCCUACUUCCCCCCGCCAGUCUGCCAACAGGUUUGCUGCACUUGACGGACUAACUGACAACAGCCGCACAGGCGCACUCUUCGACCCCACUCUGCCUCUUCCUCAGACACACAACACCCAGUAUGAUCCCGUCUUUCACCCCCUCCACAACGCUUUUCUUCCCUCCAACUACACUUCCGGCUCCACUAAAGACGAAGAAGAAUUUCACCCCAGCGCUUUUGACGGCGACGACGACCAAGACUCCCAGAAUAUCCUAACUGAUGACGAGAUGGCAGACGGCGAUCAUUCUUAA